GUCACUUGUCUCUCAGGAAAAAUCGAAGAGAAGGACCAAGUUGGCCACAAUGGCAGAUAGGUUUACGGAUUAAAUCAGUGAAUAUGUAGAACAAGAGACGAAAAUAUUAAUCUAGUGUGGUUAAAAUGAUCAUCAACCGUGUCAUCUUAGGGUUGAUAGUUGUACUUUCGUGCAAUGUAUGUAAAUCAUUUCCCAACAGAUAUGAUAAUGAAGAGUUGAUCAAACUACUUAAAAGAUAUGAAAAGCUGGAAAUUGGAGAUGGUGUUCGACUUAAAGAUUUGGUUCAGAAUGGAUUUGAUGAAAAUGUGGAGAGUGAGAAAGUAAAAGAUGAGGAUGCUGGGAUAGAUCUGGCAGCGGAGGACCAGUACCAACAGAAGGUGGAAACCACCAAAGCAGUGUCUUCAGAUGGGACCACUCCCACCCCACACCCCAUGCCUAAGGCUCCUCAACCCCACGUACAGCCAGACCCAGACUCCAAAGAGAAACCCCUCAUUCCUUUGUCAAAAGAUAGCAUUCUCUUUAUAGGAAUUGUGACAGCAUGCAGCUUGGCUGGUUUUGUUGGCCUCAUCAUGGCAGGAGUUUGCUGGUACAAGUUACAUAAGAAUGUUAAGGCUGCCAGUGAGGUGGAUUACCCAGCAUAUGGAGUUACUGGCCCUGCUAAGGAGAGAAUGGGUCCAGGUCCAGGGGACAGAAAACUGGCCCAGAGUGCUCAGAUGUAUCACUACCAGCAUCAAAAGCAACAAAUGAUUGCUAUGGAGAAAGCUAAUGGAGAGAUGAAGAAUGAGGCCUCCGAGGAGGAGUCCGAUGAGGAAAACGAGGAGGGAGACUACACAGUAUACGAGUGUCCGGGGCUGGCUCCGCCGGGCGAGGUGAUGGAGGUCAGGAACCCCAUGUUUUCAGCAGAAACACCUACAGGAACACAGCCAACAAACGCUCCUCAGGAUCCUCCCCAACAAUAGAUCCACCACUCUCUUUUCUAACACUUAAUCAUAAGCCAAAAACUGGAACAAAAAGAAAAUGUUCAUUUGGUUGUCUUUGGCUGAUUUUGUUCAAUCAUUAUUUGUACAACAGAAACUUUUCAUCUGAUUUUGCUUGACCAUUUUUUUUUUGUGGAUAUGUAAUAAUUGUGGGGAAAUUCAUAUGUACCAUCUUCUAGAUAAAGAAAAAAAUAUAUUGAUGUAGUGUUGGUGGAAUGGGAUCAUUUUUAUCUUCUCUUUGUUGUGUAUAGUGCUCAUUGUAUUUAUGAAAAUGUUAGAACUGAACUUCAGAUGAUAGCAUAUUUUAUUACUGAACUUCCCAUCAUUGCAUUUUAUUAUGAUACGCAAUAUAAUAUUGGGGGAAAAAAAUAAUUUUCUAGUGAACAUGUUCCUCAUUUGUUAAUUACAUCAUUGGUAAUUAAGUGUUAAUUCUUAACAGUCUUUCAAGGAUGUUACAGGUUGUUAUUAUAUAUCAUGUGACAAAUCAGCAUUUCUCUUAUUUCAUUUAUUGUUGAUCUGCCUUAUUUAGAAACAUUGCUUUAAAAUGAUUUGUAUAUUUGAAAAAAAAAAAUGAAAAUCUGUUUACAAAUUGAAAAUAUUUUUAUUAGUUAAAAAUCAGAAAAAAUGGAACUGAAAAUUUAAUUCCAUGCUUGAUGCUUUGGAGAAAUUUCAUUAUUGUUGGUGCCCGGUUUUGUAUUUUAAUAUUUAUAUAUUUUAUUUAUUUGUUAUCCAUCAGAAAUGGUGGACACCACAAUUUUUUAUGACUUGAAACUUUCUAUCAGAUAGUUAUUUAAUUUGUAUUUAAACACAAACAAUCUCAUUGAAAAGAAAUCCAAUUACCUUUAAAGAUCUCUUUCUUAUGCAUUCCUUUUGCGUCUUUUAAUUAUUUCUAAUUAUAUUUAUUUUGUUUACUUCAUUAUUUUACACUACAUGUAUUUUUUCUCAAUAAAUUAUGAUCUGUUAUAGUAUAUCAUGAUAUUAAUCUUCAAAAGUAAAUUUUGUAAGUUUGUACAUUUACAAAGUAUUAAAAAAAGGGAACUUGACCAUAUCACAUGUAGAUCAUGCCAAAAGUAAUUGUCAAACUGUUGAUGUAUUUUAUCUACUGCAAACUUAAUAUUUCUUUGAUUAUAAUAUUGCAACAUUUAGUAGAAAGUGCAAUAACAUAUUCUCUUUGGGUUUUGGUCAGUGAAAAAAAAAAUUGUUGUGUAAUAAUUCAAGCUACAGGUUGGUUUGGAAAAAGACAAAAAAGUUUUUGGAUGGUCAAGAUUAUUGACAAUGGUUUGUCUUUUGUCAAGUCAACUAAGAAGAUCGUUGUGGCUGUCUUUUGUUGUUAGAUUAGGUCGUCAUCACAGGUUUCAUUUCAUAUGUCAGCUACAGAAAAUUCCUCUCCAAAGUAUAUAUAAUAAUUGAUUUAUGAAUGUCUACAACAAAAGAAAAAUAUAUUGUUAUAGAGCAUUUUAUUCAAGAUUGAGAACAUUUUUGUAAAGUUGAGUUACUAGACAAAAAGCAAUACAUGUAUUAGUAUUUUGAUUCAGUUUUGGUAGUUUACAAAGUAAGAUUAUAAUAAGUAUAAUUGAAAUUUUAGAUUUAUGUAAAAUGUUCCACAUAUGAAAUAAAACUUCUGAACAAAG